AGAGGGACUACUCGGCUCACUUUGCAGGGUUUCUGGUGGCGAUAUUUGAGCAGGUUUCGGGUGCCGCGGGUAUAGCUUUAAAUACCUUUACCCGAAACUUUUUCACGCGCGCGCAUCUCUCGCCCCCGCGAGAUCCUUUUUUCUUUCCUCCACCGUAGCCCGAGUUGACUGUCGGGCAGACAUGCUGUAAGCGGCUCCACGAGUGAAGGGACGUUUUCGGUGCGCAUGUGUGGGACCAUGCACGGACAACGCAACAGGCUGAUGCUCCUGUGCCUCUUCGUGGCCGUCCUCGCCUCAGGAGUGCACGCAGGUGGGAAGAAGCACAGCGGCCCCUGUGGAGGAAGAGACUGCAGCGGAGGCUGUCAAUGUUUCCCAGAGAAGGGUGCCAGGGGACAGCCCGGGCUACUUGGUCUUCAGGGCUCUCAGGGGCCUCUGGGGAGACCAGGUGAUUACGGGAUCGAAGGACCGAAGGGGCAGAAGGGUGACCAUGGUCGUAGUGGCCCCAUUGGUCCGAAAGGCAGCGUGGGAAUGUCCGGCGUUCCUGGAUUCUCUGGAAACAAUGGCAUUCCUGGCCACCCGGGACAAGCCGGGCCCAGGGGGAAGCCCGGGGCGGACGGCUGUAACGGGACACGGGGAGACUCAGGGACGCCGGGGCAACCGGGCUACGACGGCUCACCUGGUUUUCCUGGACAACCAGGCUGGAAGGGAUCGAAGGGAGACUCUCUGAAGCUGAGUGUGUACAUGAGGCGCUUCAGGGGAGAUCCAGGCACAGCAGGGGGCAACGGGAUAUUUGGUCCUCAAGGAAACCCGGGAUGGCAGGGCACCAGAGGCCUACCGGGACUGCAGGGUCCCAGAGGGUCUCCCGGUCCCCGUGGACCGAAGGGCACGAUCCCCAAAGUGCUGAAGGGACUCACAGGAGAACAAGGAGACAUCGGACCACCGGGGCUUCCAGGGAACUCGACCCAUCAGCAAGUGCAGCCCCUCUACGGCCCCUCGGGACACAGUGGAGAGAAAGGAGAAUUAGGAGAUCCGGCUGACAACAAAGGGGAAACCGGGAUGCUGGGGAACCGCGGGUCGCGGGGUUUACCUGGGCCAGACGGCCGUCCUGGACCGCGGGGGGAGCCCGGAGAACAUGGACCGACAGGUGGAGAUGGUGCUACGGGAGUCCGAGGUGACCCGGGAGAACUGGUUUCAGCCGGAUCCUUUUGGCCCUGGUCCUCAGCAGCAGGUGGUCCCCCCGGUCCAACUGGUGAGCACGGUGUGAAGGGAGGGAGGGGCUCGGUUGGAGACCAAGGCCCCCCCGGACCCCCGGGACGCCCCGCCUCUGAAGCUCAGCAACUAGUUUGGGAUUUCAUGGGGCCGUUUGGGUUCAAGGGGGAGUCCGGAGAGAAGGGCCAACGGGGGGAACUGGGACGCCCUGCGGAACGGUCAGGACCCUCAGGAAACAACGGGCGCCUGGGGGGCGAGGGGCCGCCAGGACACAAAGGAACAUGGGCGGAGUUCUUCAAAGGUUCUCCCGGUGGGAGAGGAAGGCCCGGCAACGGAGGCUUUAAGGGAGGAAAAGGUGAUCACGGCGUGUGUGAGUGCAGCGUGGUGAACUCUUCACCGGGGCUGCCUGGCCCUGCCGGUCACCGUGGCGACGCCGGGAUGACUGGAGAGUUUGGUCGUGAGGGUGAUUCAGGAGAUCACGGUCGCCAAGGAGACGCCGGGCUGCCCGGAUCCUUUGGGCUCAGCGGUCCUCCGGGUCAAAAGGGUCGGAAAGGGGACCCGAGUGUGGCCUCGCAGAAAGGAUAUCCUGGAGAUCCAGGGAACCAUGGGCGAGACGGGGAGCCGGGAACGUCGGGCGCUCCGGGCCGUAACGGUCUGCCUGGUCUCCCGGGGAACCGAGGUCUUCCAGGAGACGGCACCAGAGGAGAAGCGGGAGACAAAGGUCCACCGGGUCGGCCCGGUCGACCCGGGGCACCCGGGCUCAGUGGGACAGACGGUACUGUCCUCGGAGGCCACAAAGGUCACCGUGGGUUACCUGGUGACGACGGCAUCGCCGGCUAUCAUGGCGUUCCGGGGACACCUGGCAGGCCAGGCGGCUGUAGUCCACCAGGAGAUGGAGGACAGGUGGAUGUGACAGGCCCGUGCGAUGUGGUGCCGGGACCUCCUGGGUCACCUGGACUUCCAGGACCCAGUGGACUUCCAGGUUACUCAGGUUCUCCGGGUCCAAAGGGACUAAAAGGCUCAUUAGGAGUAGACGGAGAAAAAGGAGAAACGGGAGAUCAAGGCGCCGGGGGCCGCUCCGGACCGCCAGGUUUUGUGGGUGUCCGUGGAGACUUGGGGGUCCCGGGGAGCAAAGGUUUGGCGGGACCCCCCGGGGUGCCUGGCGUGAGCGGCCGGUACGGGGCGCCGGGCGAUCGGGGCGCUCAUGGAGAGAUCCUUGGAGCCUCGCAGGGACCGCCUGGGGACACGGGACCGCCGAGGAGUCAAGGGAACAAGGGCCAGAGUGGUGAUCCAGGAGCGUCGGGCUACCCAGGAAUGGCCGGCAUGCCCGGUAUGAUCGGCUUCAAGGGCGAGCGUGGCCCUCUGGGCCUCGAGGGGGAGGAGGGGAGACCUGGACCGGAAGGCAAGUAUGGCUCCCCCGGUGACCCUGGACAAGCCGGUCCACCUGGGCCACAUGGGAGGACUGGACAGCCAGGUGUCACUGGAGAGAGGGGGACUGGAGGAGACCCGGGUCCUCCGGGUCCCAUCGGGUUAAAAGGCAUCCCGGGGUUCUACGGUGACGACGGUGCCGUUGGAGAGACCGGCUCACCGGGGGAAGUGGGACAGCCCGGCGCCGAUGGACGGUCAGGACUUCCAGGAAUCAAGGGAUACAAAGGGUCUCCCGGCAUGGCCGGCUUCGAGGGCGUCAGGGGGGGUCUAGGGGGGCGGGGCAUCAGCGGGAACGCCGGAGAACCUGGAGCUCUGGGUCUGGUUGGCCUGAAAGGACUGAAGGGUGGAAGUGGAGAGAAAGGGGAUCGAGGUUUGAGAGGGCCGUCCGGGGUCAAGCCUCUCAUACCCACCCAGAAGAUGGUCGACAUGAAGGGACCCAAAGGAGACCACGGGAAAUAUGGAAACCAAGGUUUCACAGGGCCGAGAGGUCUUAAGGGUUUGCCUGGUGUGCCGGGCUACUGGGGAACUCAUGGUCUUCCUGGAGAGCCCAGCAAAAAGAAAGGUUACCAUGGAGACGCAGGUCCCGAAGGGUUGCCAGGUAUAAAAGGAGUGCCGGGCCUCACUGGAAAUCGAGGAAUUUCUGGUUUCGAGGGAAUGCAAGGCUACAGGGGAAUCAAAGGAAGUCCUGGUGCCUACGGAGCCUCAGGAGACAAAGGAAGGAAAGGAGUCAACGGUGAGAUAGGCCAGCGCGUAGACCUUCCAGGACCCACGGGAUUGAGAGGAGAGCAUGGUCUUCCAGGAGAACUCGGCCAGAAAGGUUUAUUUGGACAAACGGGGGACACUGGACUACCUGGGUUCAAUGGUAUCGAAGGUAAAAAGGGGGAACCAGGUGAUCCAGGACUAGGAGGGUUCCCAGGCUCUGACGGGCAGAAUGGAAACCCUGGUAACCAAGGGGAAAAGGGCUUUCCUGGACGUCUUGGACAAGAUGGACAUCCUGGGUUUCCUGGUUUCCCUGGAGACAAAGGCUUCCCUGGCUUCAAGGGACUUUAUGGAUUACAUGGACUGAAAGGACAGAAGGGUUUCCCAGGAACACAAGGUCUGGACUCCACUGGACCAGCUGGGGAAGCAGGAAGCAAAGGAGAGAAGGGAGAGGGUGGCGACCCCAACCAUCAGCCAGGUGGUCCUGGCACCGUGGGUUUGAAAGGCUUCCAGGGGCCUCUAGGUGACUAUGGUCCACCUGGAAUGCCGGGGUACCGCGGCCCCCAGGGACCCAACGGGACCAUGGGCAGACCAGGACACAGUGGUGACCCUGGCUCUACAGGACAUAAAGGGUACCGAGGUUACCCAGGAGCCACUGGGUUUCCCGGUGUAGAUGCUCCUCCGAGUGAAAAGGGGGUCCUGGGAUCCAAUGGGUUCCCUGGAGUCCCGGGUAGGAAAGGAAUCAAAGGACACCAAGGAUCCUUUGGAUACAGGGGGCCACACGGUGUCUCUGGGAAGAACGGAGUAAAAGGAGAGCAAGGGGUGAUGGGAGUUCCUGGUGUUAUGGGCGUGAAGGGAGAAAGAGGACCAGCUGGUCCAAAAGGAAACCGGGGAACUGGAGGUUUCCCCGGGUUCCCGGGAAACCAGGGUCCUCCUCACGUCCCCCUCAGAGUCCCAGGAGAGAGGGGCCCUGCCGGACCUCAGGGGAUCCAAGGACCAAAGGGGUUCAAGGGGGAACCAGGGCCACACGGACCCCCUGGGGAUGCAGGUUUUGUGGGACCCAGUGGGCAGAGAGGCAUGGCUGGGAUCAGCGGGCGACCGGGAACGCCUGGAUUUCGUGGAGAGUUUGGGAAUGUGGGCUACCCCGGCCUGCAAGGCAUGGAAGGUCGCCGCGGCAACCCUGGUGUCUCCGGGCGCCCUGGCAUGCCCGGCCGCAGCGUCAGCGUGGGCUACCUGCUGGUGAAGCACAGUCAGACCGAUCACACCCCCAUGUGUCCGGUGGGCAUGGCCAAGCUGUGGGACGGCUACAGCCUGCUGUACUUCGAGGGCCAGGAGAAAGCCCACAACCAGGACCUCGGUCUGGCCGGAUCCUGCCUCCCGCGCUUCAACAGCAUGCCCUUCCUGUACUGCAACCCCGGAGACAUCUGUUACUACGCCAGCAGGAACGAUAAGUCCUACUGGCUGUCGACCACCGCUCCUCUUCCCAUGAUGCCCGUGGAGGAGGAGGAGAUCAAACCGUACAUCAGCCGCUGCUCCGUAUGCGAAGCUCCGUCCGUCGCCAUCGCCAUCCACAGCCAGGACAUCACCAUCCCUCAGUGUCCCGCGGGCUGGCGCAGCAUGUGGAUCGGUUACUCCUUCCUCAUGCACACCGCAGCAGGAAAUGAAGGCGGCGGUCAGUCCCUGUCGUCGCCCGGCUCGUGCUUGGAGGACUUCCGCACAACGCCCUUCAUCGAGUGCAACGGGGCCAAAGGCACGUGUCACUACUUUGCCAACAAGCACAGCUUCUGGCUCACCUCCAUCGAUCAGUCGUUCCACACCGAGCCGGCCUCAGAGACGCUCAAAGCCGGACAGCUGCUGUCGCGCAUCAGCCGCUGCCAGGUGUGCAUGAAGAACUUGUGAGGGCCUCGGACCGGCCGUCUGCCGUCGUCUCGCUAUCCGUGUACUUAACCAAAAGGGGGGGGGUCUGAAAUAAUGAUUGAAAUCGAUGCCAAACGUUCUCCCCGAGCCACCGAGCUCCGAUAUGCAACGACUGUGAUUCAUGAGCUGUGAGUGAAACGUCCCGCUGGAGAUCUAACAGGGGAAGCCCCACGACGACGACGUCUUCACGGGGGAAACAAGUAUUUUUGUGUCAAAUGUGGAUCGGUGCUUAACGUUUAACUUAUUACCUCCGCUACGACGACAGUCACGAUCAGAGACCGUACAGCUGAACCAAAGACGCCCGUGUGUAUGCACUGCUUGAGUUGACCUCCAUGUUGUUAUUGUUUCGGGUGUUCGGCCCACCAUAAAGCCACUAACCAACAAUGCUUCUCGGCCGGCUGAAGAAAGGGCCUCGAACAAUCAUCGGUCGAUACUCUUGACGAUAUUAUUCUUUUAUUCCAUUGCUCUUUAAAAAAAAAUACAUUUAUAAUACAAGUAUUUUCAAGAUUUUUCUACAUUUUUAUGCAUUUAUCAACUAUCGCAAAAUCGCCUGCAACUGUUUAUUUGUCAUAUACCGUUUUGUUGACACAAUGCACUGAUUGUUUGUAUUUAUACAAGCUGAAUGAACUUGUCCCAUGUCCAGAGGAGUUUAAACAUGUCUUAUCUAAUACUA